UCAGAGGCCAGUAGGCCCCGCUACCCGUCCUCGCUCCUCCCUCCCCAUUGUAGCGUUGCUAUCUUGAUCGUAUCGGUUUCCUCCUUGCGACCUAGUUCCGCGUGGUUGCUCCUGCACGGACCCUAUUCGGCGUCGCCUGUCUUCGCCUGUUGUCGCACGCGGCGUCGUUCGCUCGCUCAUUUGUUCGUUCGUUCGCGAGGCGCGUCGCAACGUAUCGCCCUUCCUGCGACUGCAACAGGAAAAGCAAUAGCAGCAGCGACAGCGACAGCGGCAGCGCCAUCAAAGUCACCAACUUUCGUAUUCCCGGAGGCAGCUAAAAUAGAUCAACCCCAUCCGCGGAACCCUGUUCUUUCUGGGGUGAGACAGGGGUGAGAGAGACAAACUUCCCGGGGUGCAGCAGAAAUACGAGCUCUCUUGUUCUCCACACCUGACAGCACCGCUCCACAUCUCGCAGGACCUUCAACAGAUCAUACGGCCGCCAGCGUCGCUUCUUGGCUCCGAGUGCGCGCCAGACGUUCUGCUUUCUUCGUGGGAUAGCGCGUGCGGAAGGCAGGUUGGGGGAGAGGGGCGGAAGGGGUUUUUUCUCCCCAGUAGUGCCGGACGGUUAGGCUAGCGCACACGCGUGAAGGGUGCGAUGGAGGAGGAGAGUGGGGGAGGACGAGCGGUAGAGGCCACUGCUGCUAGCAGCGCUGGGGACGAUAGGGACGGUAGGGACGGUAGGGACGGUAGGGGCGAUAGGGACGCCAGGAACGACAGGGACGCCGAGAGGAGCCAAAACUCAAAGUUGAAAGAGGAAAAGGGGAAGGGUAAAGGAGAAGAGGAGAAGAAAGAGCAAGGGGAUAAGGUGAAAGGAGAAGAGGAGAAAAAGAAAGAGGAAGGGGAAAAGAUUAAAGGAGAAGAGGAGAAAAAGAAAGAGGAAGGGGAAAAGGUGAAAGGAGAAGAGGAGAAAAAGAAAGAGGAAGGGGAAAAGGGGAAAGGAGAAGAGGUGGUAGAAGCUGUUGGGGCAGAGAGAGAAGGAGAGCAGGGCAAUGAGGGCAGAGAGGGCAAUUUGGGCAAAGAGGUGCACAAGAGCUUGACAGCAAGGGGAGGAGCAGGAGGAGGGGAAAAGGGGGCAGAAGGAGGAGGACUUGAAGCAAGGAAGCCAACAGACGGUGAAGAGGAUGAAGCACGAGAGGCAGGGAGAGCAGCGGGGCAAGGACUGGGCAACGCAGACCUAGAAAGCAACGCUGCAUCCUCUGCUCUCUCUCCUCCUCUUCCUCCUACUUCUCCUCUUUCCUCUCCUCCUCUUUCCUUCCCCCUCGUCUCUUCUCCCUUCCCUCCUCUCCUGUCCGUCUGCAUUGAGGAGCUUCAGAAGGCGGGUAGCCGCGGCAUCCCUCUCCGCCCGCUCGCCCUCUCUGUUGCCCCCAGGUGUGCCGAGCUCUGUGGAAAACACCUGAGGGGUUCUGCGGCCGCCAGUGAAGUCCGCCGGAGGCUCCAGGGCAGCAAAAAUGCUUUUGAGAUUGGGCAGGGGCCGGAUGAGGUGGUCCGAUUGGUGGAGGCGGAGGUGAAGCUGGGCAGGAGGAAACGAAAGGGGGACGGGGAUGGAAGGCAGAGGGAUGGACGCGAGAAGGAGAAGGAGGCAGGGGCGGCAAAGCAGCAGCAGGAUGGGCAAGAGCGGGAGGACGGAAACAACGACGAUUUUGAUCCAAUGCUGGCGAUAAGCAACUCGCCCAAGGGGGCCAGACGGGCCAUGACAAAGAAGAGGCCGCUGGAUGUGCUCAUGGGGGCAGAUGGGGGGAAGGCGAAUGGGGCAGGUAAAGAAAAGAAAGGGGAUGAGGACGAGGGUGCGGUUGACUUGCUGAGUGAAUCCAAUGGUAAUGAUGGAGGUAGUGGUGGUGGCGCUGCUGCUGCUGCUGCUGGCGUGGGUAGUGAUAGGGAUGUGGAAGAGGUGAGGGGUGGGAAGUUGGAAGAGAAAGGCGUGCAGAGGAAAGGGAAACGGAGUGCAACGCAAGUGACUGGUGGGAAGAGGGGGAGGAAGGGGGAGGAGAAGAAAGAAGAGAAGGAAGAAAAAGAAGGCAAGGAAGGGAAGGAAGAGGAGGACGAGGUGGAAGAGGUGAAAGAGGAGGAAGAACAGGCAGACGAAGAUGACGAUGAGGAGGAGGAGGAUGAGGAGUGGCAUGAGGAGGAGGCAAGAGAGAAGGGCAGAAGGCAGAAGCGGCACGGAAAAGGCAAGCCAGCAGAGGCGGAGGUGAAAGGUGCAAAGGCCCCGGAGCCUGGAGGCCGUGGCACAAGGGGGGCGAAGAAAGAGGCAGCAGGACCAGUGAAAAGAGGUGCAGGCAGUGGUGUGGGGGUAGUUGCCAAGGGAGAUGCCAAGGGAGAUGCCAAGGGAGAUGCCAAGGGAGCAGGAGCGGAGGGUGUUGGUCCAGUCGUAGGCAGCCCUAGGAGAAGUGGUGCCAGUGGUGGGGGCAGAAGAAGCAAGGCUGUCACCUCCCCUCCUCCUCCCUCAUCCCCUCCCCCAUCUCCUCCUGUUGCGUCUCCCACAAUUGCCAAGAGGAGGAGGAGCAGUGGGAAGGAGAUGCAUACAGUGGAGAUGAGGAGCCCUAGGGGAGGAGGAGCAGGAGGGGCAGGAGCAGGAGCAGGAGGAGCAGGAGGGGCAGGAGCAGGAGCAGGAGGAGCAGGAGGGGCAGGAGCAGGAGCAGGAGGAGCAGGAGGGGCAGGAGCAGGAGCAGGAGGAGCAGGAGGGGCAGGAGCAGGAGCAGGAGGAACAGGAGGGGCAGGGGCAGGAGCAGGAGGAGCAGGAGGGGCAGGAGCAGGAGGAGCAGGAGGGGCAGGAGCAGGAGCAGGAGGAGCAGCAGGGAGCAACAGGAAACAGGGACGUGCAGUGGGCACCAGAAGAGGCAGUGCUGGUAGCAGUGGCGAUGACGAUGAGGCUGGCCGUGCAGGCGAGGCUGGUCGUGCAGACAACGCUGGGCGUGUGACUCGUGCUCGAGGUCCCUCAAGUCCGCUGGGCACGGCGCAGCCGUCCCCCUUCCCCUCUCCCUCCACGCCAGGCAAAGUCAUUCGGGGCAUGAAUCGCAUGUGCCACCAGUGCCAGCGGAAUGACAAGGAGGAAGGAGUGGUGUACUGCCAGCGCGUGCCCACCCACGAUUCUGCCUUCCAUGCAUCCGCCAAUGGUGUGUACCCCAUGUACACAGUAGACGAGAUAGUGGCCUUCUGCCCCAAGUGCCGUGGCAACUGCAACUGCAAGACGUGUCUGCGCACUCGCGUCCCUGUGCCCUAUCGUGCAGCAGAUGCAGCAGCAGGGGAGCGAGCGGGCAUGGCACGCCGAGUGCUGCAGUAUGUGACGCCUCUGCUGGCUGACCUGGUGCGGCAGCAGCAGGAGGAGACGCGCAUAGAGGCAGCUGCACAGGGCAAGGAGGAGCACAAAGUGGACAUCAAGCGAGUGAAGAUAUCAGUUGACGAACGGAUCUUCUGCUCACACUGCCAGACCUCGAUCGUUGAUUAUUUCCGAAGCUGCCCAGACAAGGAGUGUGGUUUUGACCUUUGCCUCUCCUGUUGCAAAGAUUUGCGAGCCGGGCAGCUGCCCCCAGGAGAGGUAUUUUCUGCGGAGAAAAAUGGGGAGAGAAGGAAAAGGCGGGAGAGAAAGAAAAUGUGGGAGAGAAAGAAAAUGCGGGAGAGGAAGAAAAUGCGGGAGAGAAGGGCCGUAUUGCAGACGGCGACAAGGUGGAGGGUGCAGGGAGGAAUGGGGCUAUGGGAGAUGCGGGAAAAGUGGAGGGGGGAGGUUGAUGGGGAUGGGAAGGUGGAUGGGGAAGCGGAAGAAGGCAAGCAGGGAGAGCCAUGGAAGAGCAGACACCAGCUGCUGCUGUGCAGUGUGAGGGGGCGCGGGUGGCUGGAAGGGCUGGUGCAGCAGUGCGAGCGGCAUGUAGGGGGGGAUACGCAUGGGGAAAGUGGGAGGCGCAGGGUUGGGGCAGGGAACGGAGGUGAGGGGAAAAUAGGUGAUGGGGGAGAGGGAAGGGAGGGCGAGGAGAAGAGUGGGGCUGAAGAGGCGAGGGAAGGAAGGCGAGAGGAGGGAGGUGGAGGGGAUGUGGAAGGGAGAGGAGAGGGGAUGGAGGUGGAUGAGGUUGGGGGUGAUAGGAAGGAUGAGAAGGAAAAAGGAAGAGGACAAGGAAAUUAUGAUUUGGAGAAGGGAGAGAUGGAAGGGGCGAAAGUCAUGCAAGCAAGCAGCAAGCAGUGCAGGGAAGGGGUGUGGGGUGUGCGAGGAUAGUGCCACUCGUAUGCACAGACUCUCGCAGGCUCUUGCUGCUGUGUGGGGCGAUUUGCAGCGGAAGAGGAGGGAGAGCGAGGAUGGGAACGGUAUGGAGGAUACAGGGAAGG